UCCCAAAACCAAAUGGUUUCUGGCAGUGGUGCCCCUACUCCCUUGGCCUCUCCGGCGGUGUGACCUCACCUAGCCCCUGCCACUCACAGCAGAAUCUUCCCACCUGGCUGACAGAACCUUGGGAGGGGCUCAGAGGAGUAAGGGCCUGAUGGGGGUCGUGUUGGACAAAGAAUAUCUGACGCUGGGAGUUCAGUGUCCAUUCCAGGCUUUGCAGUGGGAGGUGUGGUGCCUUUUCUACCUUUGGAGUGGGAGGGUACCCCUAGGCCACCUCCAAGGGGCUGACACCCUCUUCCUUUUUUCCCAGGCAUUCACAUUCUCAGACCUCUGGAUCUUGAGGUCUUUUUUUUUAAUGUCAAUAGAAAAUUUUUUAAUAGAAAUGAACUUAGUGCAAAUAUAAUGCAAGAAAGGAUAGACUAAUAUAUGAUGCUAAUAUAACAAGAAAACUAUUGAAAAAUAAAGAUAAAUCUAUACUUUAUGAUACAUAAUUAAUCAUGGUAGAUUAUUGCAGUUAGGAUGUGUGGAUCUUGAGGCCUUUUGCAGACAGGAUGCCUUUGCUGUGAGGCCUGAGGUCGUGGGGAGAGAAUAAAAGAAGCCCAGAAAUGGGCCUCUCAGAGGUCUUCAUCUCCAGAUCUGGCCCCUACACUCAGACCCCUCACCCAAUCUUGCUGUUUCUGCCCCUGGUCUCCCCUACCCUGGGCAAUGACUACGGUGAGCUAACAGCCCGUUUCUCCAGGGCUGUGCUAAGGGGCCCAUCCUAGGGAAGCAAGUCAGGCCGCAAGUCCCAGCUCCACCCUGAGUGAGAAAUGCUACCCAUCCCAGGCCCUGGGCUGCAGGGAGGGGCAGAAGUGGCUGUGUUGUACCUCCCACAGCUCUGCACUGUAUCAGGGGGGCUGGAACCCUGCUGACCCCAGCCCCUGGCCCCAACAGCCCUUCCACUGGCGCCUCCAGUCCACCUUCCCCAGAGGCUCUUUGCACCUUCCUCUGAAGGGAAACCAAGAGGCCAAGUGGGUUUCUGCUCCCUGAGGGGCUUUCCAACGCACUGGUGGCUGGGCCUCCACUUGCCACAGGUCCCAGGAACCCAGCAAUGCGCACUCAGCCCUCAGCUGGCUUUUUCCAUAGGUCCUGUCCCCAGCCCUGCUCCCCCUCUACCACUCCUCUGAGCCUCCUCACCAGCAUUCAAGAGCCCAAGCUAGGAGCAGACACCCAACCUGUUCAACCUGUCUGACGUCAUCAUCUCUCCACCCACCUGGGCCCCAGGUCUCCAGCCGCCCCGGUCUUCCUGUUCUCAACUUCCGUCCUCUCAGCUUCCUUACAGCACCCCCACCUGCCAGACCUGAGUCUCCCUACCCCCUGCACAGCCUUGAGUCUGUCUGUCCUUCUGACUGCAGAAGUCUCCUUCACCCCAAUGAGAGGAGGGGAAGGUCCAAGUCUCUUGAGAGCCGAGGACUGAGGACAUUGAGCCAACACACAGACUCGUCACCUCUGCCCCCAAAGACACUCGCACCCUCCAUGCGGAGCCAAGAUGGGGAACAGAAAGGAGGAGGAUUAUAACUUUGUCUUCAAGGUUGUGCUGAUUGGCGAGUCAGGUGUGGGGAAGACCAAUCUGCUAUCCCGGUUCACCCGCAAUGAGUUCAACCACGACAGCCGUACCACCAUCGGGGUUGAGUUUUCCACCCGCACUGUGAUGCUGGGCACCGCUGCUGUCAAGGCUCAGAUCUGGGACACCGCUGGCCUGGAGCGGUACCGAGCCAUCACCUCAGCGUAUUAUCGUGGUGCCGUGGGGGCCCUACUGGUGUUUGACCUCACCAAGCACCAGACCUAUGCCGUGGUGGAGCGCUGGCUAAAGGAGCUUUAUGACCAUGCAGAGGCCACCAUCGUCGUCAUGCUCGUGGGUAACAAGAGUGACCUCAGCCAGGCCCGGGAGGUGCCCACUGAUGAGGCCCGCAUGUUUGCCGAAAACAACGGGUUGCUAUUCCUGGAAACCUCAGCCCUGGACUCCACCAAUGUUGAGCUGGCCUUUGAGACUGUUCUCAAAGAGAUCUUCGCCAAGGUAUCCAAGCAGAGGCAGAACAGCAUCCGGACCAAUGCCAUCACCCUGGGCAGUGCCCAGGCUGGACAGGAGCUGGGCCCUGGGGAGAAGAGGGCCUGUUGUAUCAGCCUCUGACCUUGGGCAGCACAAACCCCGCCCCACUGGCAUCCUGGUCACCACCCCCCCAUGCCCCAGGCCCUUUCCCUGCCCUUUGGUUCCUGAUGUCAGUGUCCAGUUCUCUGUCGACAGCCCCCUAG